UGCACCAAAUCGAACCAACGGCAUCGUUGCGUCAAGGCGGCGCCUUAUUUAACUGUAACAGGGAGAACCGCUUCACCGGAUCACGGGGUUGUCGUAUAUGCCGCCCUGCUCCGCUCCACAAAGUCGACGGCGACGCUGGGUUUAAGUUAUUGACUGUCUCUCUUUUUGUCUUCCAUCCUCGAUCCCUCCUGUGACACAACUCGACUCAACACGACACGACCGGAUACGUAGUCGCGGACAACAGCCAGCCAGCCACAUUGCUUGGCUCCAAGAGAUAACUUCAUCGACGUUGUCUCUCUGAAGUCGAUUCCGAUCAAGGACCAGCAAGUUGGCGUUGUCGUGAGCUCAAACGAAUGCGAAGAAGAGACAGCGACGACCCACGAAGACGCGAAAGGCCAGUUGGCGAAUGAGUACUGAAGGCAGCAAGACGAUUGAUUCCCGGGCAAAUUAGGAACAGAACAGCAGUAGCAGCAGCAGCGACGCCAACGCAAUCUGGUGGACACCGAUCGAGCUGCAGCUGCAGGAACCGUCAUCCCGGGCGAGCUAGAUCCGAACCACGUUUCUGCGCAACAGACCAGCAAAAAGAGAGGUGGAGGGAGGACCUCUGUCCGUUCAGGGGUCUUCUCGCUCGUGGCCGCCUGCCCUGCGCCUGCCGUGAGUGGCCCUACCUAGGCCCCAAUAACUACCCAUCUAGGUAGGUAGGUGGUCAUAUGUGGCACUGGUGGGUAAGGCAACGCGAGACGCAAGCCUUGAAAGCUGCUGAACGUUGAAAGGGAAGGAAGGAACCAUCCACCACCCCCAGGACUGGCCUUCCCACAAUGCUGGGACUGUGCUCUAAUCCAAUCUCGGCCAUCUCCAUCCCCCCCCUGAACACCUUCUCCACCCUUCUUCCAUCACCCGCCUGCACAUCGUCGCUCAAUCGGGCGCAUUUAUUCACCAAUCCUUAUUCAUUGUCGCCCAUCACCAACUGCGACUGUGCCUGCGCUUGUAUCCGUACUUGUGCCUGUGCCUGCAGCAGCACCACCUCGCGUCCGCCCGCAGUCGUCGCUCUUCGGUCCAAGUCGGCCAGGACAACCACCUCCAACACUCCCGGCACCACCACCACCACCACUACCACCACCGCCAGUGGCCGCAUUGCCCACGCUCGCAUUGAAGAGACCACCACCGUUCGAGCAAAGACCAAAGCUGUAGUCCGAGCCACUGUUGUCGCUGCAUCCGUCUCUUGCUGCUCGUCCUGCACCUGCACGACUUGGGCUUCGCAUUUCUUUGUCCGAGUCCCCACACAUCACGCAGCAAACCUAAUCGCCCAGCUGCGCGACCCGGCUUUGACCCUCCAACGACGCAUCUCCCCCAGCCACAUCCGAGUCUCACCCUCCUCCUUCUCCUCGUCUUCCUCGCCCGCCUUCCCCUACUCACUGCGGCGCCGACCUCCUCAACCACUCUUCUCGUUCCGCCCGAAAACGCCGCUGCUGCCGCUUAAAGAGGCCCUGGCGAUCUCAAAGAGCCUGGCCCGGGCGCUGCUGCAAACUCCUCUUCGUCGACAAGUCCAAUUCUCCACCGUGCCCCAUGCAUCCGUCGCAAACACUCGCCUCGCCACGCUUUCGCAGCAGCCCGCUUAUCCCGGCGCCUCCCCCGACCUGCAACUUCCUGUAGCCGCUGCCGCCGCCGCCUUGCCCCAAGCUCGCUCUCCAUCCCUGCUCCGCCAAUACGACCCUAAAGAAUACUUCCUGCAGUCUCCCUUUCGGAAUCGUGCAGCCUCCUCUGCUGCCCGUCGACUUCCUCACCUCUCGGCCGCUCGUCUCUGGAACCCGACCAACUCCACCCCCAGGCUUCCCGGCAAGCCUGUCCGCAAACGACGCCCAUCGACACCGCCCCCGCCCGCCGUUCCGCUAUCUCACCCGACCCUCGAUCCAUCCUCCGUCGACCCUUCCGACCCCUUGGGAAUUGGCGCCGGCGACUACCCGCUGCUGACCCUUCCCGAGCAGCGCCAGACCCGACACUCGACCUCUAAUCGAGCCAGCCUCCAGGUCGAUCGGACCGCCAACGCCGAACAUCGCAUCAGCCUUCCACCCUCGCUCCGUCACUCGUACGACGGCAGGAGGUCCGCCGAUCCUUCCCCAACCUUUCCGGAUCCCGACUCGGGGCCCGCUGACGACAAAGACGGAGCUUCGGUAGAACCUCCCGCCGACAAUCGACUCACCGGCCUGCGGAAGCGCGGUCAGAGUGUUUCGAACCCCCUUGUCCGAGACUUCGCCAUCACUCUCGACAUCAACAAGGGAAAAGGAAAGGCAGUCAUGGAGCAGGCCACCGAAUCUCAGGGGCGAGGCGCCUCCAAGGAUUUAGAACGAGGUCCGGACGUUCUUCCGCGUCAUUCCAAUGUCUCGGCUGGCGAUGGCAUCGGCUCGGCCAUUUCUUCUUCAGACUCGUCCAUUAUGGGAGAGGAAUUGCCGCCGGAUUUGGGCGAGGAAUGGGGCCCGCAGCACCCUUGCUUUCCCCAUCUGAACCCUCACGUCCCCCUCGACUCCCCCGAGUAUCACAACACUAGAAUCAUCCGAGUACGUCGAGACUGGUUAAUAGAAGGCGAUCUGGCCCCGACGUUUUCCAAUCUGUACCCCGAAAUCUUGGAUCCGGCGGGCCUGUCAGAGCAAGAGUUUCGAAGGAUUAUCGACAAAUUGAACAGCGAGCUCAUUCCCAUCUUCAGCCCGUAUAAUUGGAGAAACGUGGUGGACGGCUUGCUGGGUCUCGUGACGGGCUGGUUGUGGGACGACUUGGGCUUCACCGGCGUCAAGGCUCGGCUGAAGCGCCUGGAACGCUGGAUUGAUCAGUGGAAUGUCGAGAUGGAGAAGACUGUCGGCAAUGAGGACAGCUCAAUGGCGCCUCGCAUCAUCUCCCUGAGGAAAACCGGCUAUAUGACGCUCGACAUCCAAAUCCCAGAUCCGGAAAUCGCCCCGGCCCCCAGCACACCUGGGGGCUCGAGGUCCGAAAACAUGCCUAUGGAGCCGCCGGCUGCCGUGACGGCCUGAUCUUUGUCGGCAAACCAUGGCUCGUUUUCCUGUGCAUUCUUCCUUUCCAAUUCGUAUUUCACCCUACACUCUUUCUAAUACCGGUAUCGACCGCGGUGUGGGACGAACCGACAUGAGUUUAUACGACCGAAGCCUCUCUUCCUCACGAGGCACCCGAUAUCCAAUUAUUCCCCGGGGCUCACUCAUGUGGCACUUGACUUGCCUCAUGCCCCAUCCUACCAACUAUCACCUUAUACCAAGGCAUCGCGCGGAGUUUUAGGAGCCUUUUGGCUGAGAUAGUUACGAAUGUGGUUCCAUGAUUAUUUUUUCUCUCGCUUCCCGGCUUUACGGCCUAGGGUGUUUUUUCUGGUUUUAAUUCUUUUUGCUUGCGCUUUAUCUUGCACCGGUCAGAGUUUGCGGGUUGAAGCGAUCCGGCGACCAGGGGGGGACACGGCCACGCACAGCUCGGCCCGGAAGCACGUAGUUGGGCUCAUGACCCUGUAAUGUUUAUCUAGAUACCUAUUAUCCCUCUCGACGUUGGCUUUAGUGUGUCAUGGUUUUUCCUGCAAACCCGCUCUGCAGUGACAUGUCGCCGUCUGUGCAUCCAUUUGGGGCAGGUAAGCUUUUCAUGCUGCAUCAGUCUGAUGGCGACGCAGAUUUUCGUUGUCGGAAUGCAUGGGCAGGUCUCAUGCCUAGCGAACGAGUAGAGUUGUGUUUGACAGCAAACCCCCUCCCCCCAUCGUGAUAUCCUUGUGGUACCCUCCACGGACCGGCCACCGAGAGACACACAUUC